CCUCACUAAGUUUGACAUAAGCGUGAAAAAUUAGAGGGCAAAUUAAAAAUGCACAAAAUAUAACUAUAAACAAUAAUUUAAAUUAAACACGAUGAGUAACAUACGGAAAAUAAAAUUUUCGACAUUCACAGCCAGAACCUCGACGCAGUUCAAAAACAUAGUGGAAAAAACAGAGUACAAAAUUAAGGGUACGUUUUUGGAGAAAUGGGUAAAAUAUUGGAAACUAUUAUGUAAAGAUUACAAAGAUGUAGCGCUCUCACUGCAAGAAGAAGCAAGAGAAAAACCUAUUAAAGCAGCAUUGACUGUAACAGGUUUAUCAUCGUUGGCAUUCAUCGCAACUCAAAAUCCUAACCAACAGAGCUUCAGAGCGAAAUACGUUCAGUGCGCUAACGAUUUAUCGGUGGUUUCAGUGAGUGUGGCAAACCCUGAAUCAAUGAGGCAUGUAAAAUACAUUGAACAAUGUUACAAUGCAAAUUUAAUCCGUUACAAUAGUUUUGGUCUAUUCUCCCUUAUAUGGGUCGAUAAUUACAGUAAGGAAUGUGAUACUUAUGAAAGCAACUGCUCACAUCUCAAAGUACAAUACAGAAAAUUUGCUGAUAGUGUCCUUGAUGUUGGUUUUAUGAAUAUAUGGUGGGUUAUAUCACGAAGAAUGCUUGAUUAUGAUAUAAAUUACUAAAUAAAUUUAUUUGUUCAAAAUAUUUAUUGAA